AUGGAAGUCAACUGGGCUUUCUUCACGCCCACCCUCUGCGCUACACUCCAGCCGAGUAGCGUCCCGUGUCUCCGCACGCUGGUCUUGGGUGGGGAAGCCCCGAGCCCUGAGUUGAUACGAACCUGGUCUUCCAGGGUCAGCCUACUGAAUGGGUACGGCCCUUCGGAAUGCUGCAUUUGUUGCUCUGUGCAUUCCGUGAGCAGCAAUGGGUCCGACAGCCCGCUGAACAUCGGCGUUGCCAUUCCUGGCGUGAAGCUUUGGAUCGUGCGUCCAGAGAACCACGCCAUUCUGGCGCCCCUCGGCGCGAUCGGGGAACUGGUCGCGCAGGGCCCCAACCUUGCGAGAGGUUAUCUGGACGCAUCCAGCGCUACACCGCUCAAUUUUGUGAAUGAGGUCCCUUGGUCCACUGACCAGUGCUUCCGUCGGGUGUACAAGACGGGCGACCUCGUUCGGUACCUGGCUGAUGGGUCCAUCGAAUUCGUGGGGCGCAAGGAUACCCAGAUCAAACUCCGCGGUCAGCGCGUUGAGCUAGGCGAAAUCGCCUCCCACGUGCGGACGCACCUUGGACGUUCCGAUGUACAAGUCGCUGUGGAUUUGGCCCAGCCAGGCGGGCUUGUCAGGACCCCAAGCCUCGUGGUCUUUGUUCAAUUCAGCCAUCCCCAUCGGGGCAUUCCCGACGGAUGGGCUGCCGCGGUGGCCCAGCACCUGGCUGCCCGCAUGUCGGCGGCACUCGUCCCGAAGUACUACGUCGCCCUCGAUGAGAUUCCGCUCAUGUCGUCAGGCAAAGUGAACCGCCGCGCGCUGCAGGCCCUCCCGGCUACUCUCACGGCGGAGCAGCUCGGACUCUCGACCGCUACUCGCAAAGAGAAGCUUCGGCCCAGCUCAACGGAGGAGUACCGGCUGUCGCAGCUAUGGGCAGCGGUCCUGGAUGUGCCAGAGGCAGAAACUGGGAGGGACGAUCACUUUUUCGAGCUUGGCGGGGACUCAAUUGCGGCAAUCAAGUUGGUGGGAGAAGCGCGCCGGGCGGGGUUCUUACUCACCGUGGCGGAUGUCUUUCAGCACCCGGUGCUUGCUUCAAUGGCCACAAAGCUGACCAUCCUCGCAACGGCUGCGCCGGGGAUGUCGGCCCCAGCGGCGAGCCCUCAGAUGACGGCAAGCUUGGCAGAUCGUGUCAGUCGCGAAUGGAACCUUCCCCGGGACACGAUCCAGGAUGUGUGUCCAGCCACGCCGCUGCAGAUGAGCCUGAUGGCGCUGACCACGCGCAAUCCCAAGACGAACACCUUGCAGCACGUCUACCACCUGUCGGCCGAUGUGGAUGUGAUGCGGUUCCGACGCGCCUGGGAGGCGGUCGUGGCGAGGAACGAGAUCUUCCGGACACGGUUGGUCUUCGUCAAGGCGUCGAUCCUGCAGGUGGUUCUGGCGGACAGCAUUGCCUGGGAAACCACACCCUCGAGUCUGCCAGAGUACUUGUCUCGUGUGGACGAUCGGCCCUUCAACUACGGCACGCCGCUCAUGCGCCUGGGCCUGCUACCGGACGGGCACCGCGGCGGCUCGUACUUUGUUUGGACCGCCCACCACGUCGUCUAUGACGGUUGGAGCCAUUUCCGCACCUUGCGGCUGAUCAAGGAGACAUACGAGGCGGACGCGGUGCCCCCCUCGAUCCCGUUUCGGACGUUCAUCGCCUUUCUGCACCAGGCCGGUGAGGACGAGGCGCAGGAGCGGUUCUGGCAGAACGAGCUGGCCGGAUUCGAGGGCACGGCCUUCCCUCCGCUGCCGCGUGCCGAAUACUGGCCGCUCACGGAUCGCGGAAUUGACCAUGUCAUUACCCUCCGUUCCAAUCUCGCUCCGCAAUCCAGUUCCCAGUUCGCCAACAUAACGCUCUCCACCAUCAUCCGAGUUGCCUGGGCGCUGACGGUCGGCAUCCAGACCGGGACCGAGGACGUGGUGUUUGGGGCGGUGCAAACGGGCCGCAUGGCGCCCCUGGCGGGCAUCGUGGACAUCAUGGGCCCAACCAUCACGGUCGUCCCCGUCCGGGUCCGGUGGGCGCGCAGCCUCACGCUUGGCGAUCUCUUGUUGCAGGUCCAGGAGCAGGGUACGCGCAUGAUUCCGUAUGAGCACGCAGGCGUCAAGGCCAUUGCCAAUAUGGGGGAGGACUGUCGCGUGGCCGCCACCUUCCAGAGCCUGUUGGUGGUGCAGCCGGAGAAGACCGACGGUGCGGCGGCCACGGUAGCCGGCAUGCGUCUGGUGCAGGUUACCGACCGCGAAUUCCCUAGCUAUCUGCUCUCGGUACAGUGCUCGAUCCAGCGGAAUCAGGUGCGCGUGCAUGCCAGUUACGACUCGUCGGUGCUGUCGGGCGAAUGGGUGCAGCGCAUCGUCGGGCAGUUCGAACACCUGCUGCAUCUUCUCGGCGAUCCUCGGAACCUGCCGACGCCGGUGGGUCAGGGGGAGAUCAUCCCCGCCGCAGAUGUGCAGCGGCUCCUCGCUCAAGACGCCGCCACGGCCCUUGAUCGCAGCCCGGUGGACGACACAAUAGCUUGGGCCAUCGAGCGCCAGAUGAAGUUGCAGCCGGACGCCCCCGCGCUGUGUGAGGUGGAGGGUCCGGGUAUGAGCUACGGGGAGUUGGACCGACUUUCGGCCCGCCUGGCACUCCACCUGCGUACGCUUGGGGUUGGUCCGGAGAAAGUGGUGCCUUUCUGCUUCGACAAGUCUGUUUGGGCCGUCGUGGCCGUCGUGGGCGUGCUGCGGGCGGGCGGCGUCUGCGUGGCACUGGACCCUGGCCACCCCCCGAGCCGGCACGCGCAAAUCCUGCAGGAGGUCCAAGCCACUCUGGUGCUGACCUCGGACGCGCACCGCGCGCUGUUCAGAGACCAAGGGGUCCCCGUUCUGGCCGUCGACCGGUCCCGGCUGCGCUGGCUGCCUGAAACGGUGAUGACGGGGCCGACCUGCCAUCCCCGGCUGCGGCCGGACCACGCUGCCUGGGUGGUGUUCACCUCCGGCAGCACGGGGACACCCAAGGGCAUCGUGCUGGAGCACGCCUCCAUAUGUGCCACUGCGCGGGGCAACGCAAGCGCGUUGGGGGUGACGCGGCACACUCGCGUGCUGCAGUUUGCCUCGUUUGCGUUCGACGUGGCGAUCGAGGAUAUGUGUAUCACCCUGAUGCACGGCGCCUGUCUGUGCAUUGCUUCCGAACAUGAUCGCCUGAACAAUCUGGGCCCCACCAUGCAGCAGAUGCGGGUGACGUGGGCGGAUCUGACGCCGUCGGUGGCACGAACCAUCGACCCCGAGGCGGUGCCGAGUCUGCAGACGCUGGUGCUGGGAGGGGAGCUGCUAGGCGACGACAUCAUCAGUAGCUGGGCAAACCGCGUGAACCUCUUCAACACGUACGGGCCUGCCGAAUGUGCCAUCUACUCCACGACCACGAGCCCCUUGGGGCUCGACGCCCGCGGGGGGAACAUUGGCCGUCCCAUCGGCUGCGCCUGCUGGGUCGUCGAUCCCGACAAUUACAACCGCCUGAUGCCCGUUGGAUGCACGGGGGAGCUCCUGAUUGAAGGCCCCAAUCUGGCCCGCGGAUAUCUCCACGACGAAGCUAAAACGCGCAGAGCCUUUGUGCACCCCACCUGGCUGGCCGAGUACCGAGGUGGACAGCGUAGCCGGUGCUACGCCACAGGCGACCUGGUGCAACAGAACCCGGACGGCGCCACCCUCACUUUUGUGGGCCGAAAGGACUCGCAGAUCAAGCUACGUGGCCAGCGGAUUGAGCUCGGGGAGAUCGAACAUCAGAUUGCGGUCAGCCUCGCCGGCGAAUCCUGGGCCACCGCAGUGGAGAUUAUCCGGCAGGCGGAACAUCGUCAGGAGGCCCUGGCGGUCUUCUACUGGCCUACCCAGGCCACCGCCGAUGCUCCGGAUGCCGCCCCCCGAGUCGUCGACGACGACGCCCUUGAGGCCACGCGAACCGUCUUCCUGGAGCUCAAGGCGCAGCUGGCCCGGGUCCUGCCCAAGUAUAUGAUUCCCACAUUGUAUGUGCCCCUUUCCUUCCCGCCGAGCACGCGGACGGGGAAGUUGGAUCGACGGGCGUUGCGCAGCUUGGGAGCCAGCCUCUCGAGGGCGCAGGCUACCGCGUUUGCCCUCGAAGGAACCGCGGGCGGCACAGUCGCCAAGGUGCCGCCGCAGACGGAAAUGGAACGGGUCCUGCUCGAGCUCUGGGGCACCGUUCUUGGCUUGUCGACGGAGCAGAUGGGCAUCCAUGACAGCUUCUUCCAACUUGGCGGGGAGAGCGUCGCGGCUAUCCGGCUAGUGGCCGCGGCGCAACGAAUGAAGCUCGCCAUCACCGUGGCGGACAUUUUCCAUCGCCCCGUGCUAGCCGACAUGGCUGCAUCCCUGCACCCUGAGAAGCAACAACAACAACAACAGUCCGCCGACGAGAUGCUCUCUCCUUCUCCCACGCUCAGCAAGCGCACCGGUGCCGAUCUCACCGCGCGCGUCAGUCGUGCCUGGAAGAUUGGUUACGAGAGCAUUGAGGACCUCUACCCCUGUACAUGGCUGCAGGAAGACAUGAUCCAGGUGACUCGGCGGGUCUCCGAAGCAAACACCCUGCGCUUCAUUGCGCACCUCGACACGGCCACGGUGGAUCUGGCGCGGUACCAAGCCGCCUGGCAGCAAGUCGUGACGGAGAACCCGAUCCUCCGGACGCGCAUUGUUCGUGUAGACGAUGACGACGAUGAUGGCUACGACGCCAGCGACGACAACUAUCGAGCGCUGCAGGUGGUGGUGGACGAGCCGAUCCAGUGGUGUACCUCCUACAGCCGGCUGAGCGACUAUCUGCGCGAGGACCGCUCGACCCGCUUCGACUACGGGACGCCUCUGACGCGGUUUGCCCUCAUCCCACAUGGGCCGGAUGAGUAUUACUUCGUCUUCACCAGUCACCACGCCACGUACGACGGCUGGAGCGUGCGGCUCGUGCACGAGAUGGUGGCGGAUCUGUACACCGGCCGCCGCCGCCGUAGCCGCCUUGCCGUGGGCGCCGCCCCUGCCACUACCCCGACGCCCUACAAAGCUUUGGUACAAUACAUCGUGUCGCUUGAGCAGCAGCAGCAGCAGCAGCAGCAGCAGCAACCCAUCCCGACCUACGUCGCCUUCUGGCGCUCGCAACUCCAGGGUUUCAGGAGCAGCACCCAGACGCUUUUCCCGGCGUUCCCCAGCGCAGACUACCGCCCGCUCACCGACAGCGUAAUCGAACUCACCCUGCCCCUACCCUCGAAACCUCGGUCCAACAACAACAACAACACCCCCACCCCCAAGGUUGUCACCAUCUCGACCCUCCUGCGCGCCGCCUACGCUCUCGUGCUGGCGGCCCAGACACACACGACGGACAUCUGUUUCGGGGCCGUGCAGGCCGGCCGCUCCAUCGCGCUGCCGGGGAUCUCGGAGUUGGUCGGCCCGGCCAUCACCCUGGUGCCGGUGCGUAUCCGGUGGAAUGAUGCCGGCGGCGGCACGACGGUCCGCAGCUUCCUCGAAACCAUCCAGGACCAAAGCACGGCCAUGAUCCCCUACGAGCACAUCGCCAAGCCGCGCAUCGCAGCCCUGGAUCCGGACUGCGCCGCCGCGUCCGCCUACCGGUGCCUGUUGAUCGUGCAGCCGGCGUCGGCGACGGGGCCAGCCUCGGCCAUCCACGGCGUCACGCCGAUCAAGACCAAGUACCCCGAGUUCCUGGAGUACGGGCUCAGUCUGGAGUGUCGGUUGGCGGCGACGGAAAUGGUCGUGCAUGCGGACUACGACCGGACGGUACUGGGGCCUGAGGAGGUGAACCAUGUGAUUCGGCUGUUGGGGACCGCGCUGGGAGGGCUGGCGGGUGAAGACGAGAUGGGGAUGACGGUGGGCCAGUUGGUGAGGCGGUUGCGUGAGGAGUGAGUUUCGUGUUUGAUAGAAUUGUCGGGGGACGGAAUUCCACCUCUCAUUUUUCUUUCUGCUUCUUCUUCCGUCCCCAUCCAAGGGAAAACUUCUUCUCGAUCCAACUCUAUUAGUGUCUGCCCUCUUUUUUGGUACUGGACUGUAUAAAUGAGGAUGGGGUGUCUGCCCUCUUUCUUUAGUACUGGACUGUACCAAUGAGGAUGGGAGAUUUAUACGAGUACUCGGAUUGAGCUUCUUAUAGGCUACUUCACGGUUUGUCGGUGGAACAUCUGUCAAUCUCGGGGAAUUUGGAUUUUGUUCAUUGGGGAAUAACAAACUUGUGUGUGUGUGUGUGUGUGUGUGUAUAUUAGGAUAGUGUUGGAC